AUGACCAUCAAGGCCAUUUUCUACAGCAAGUUUGAUCCACAUCAAGGCCGGAAAGUGGUACAUCAAGUACCAGAGGGCUCCAUCUUAACCGGCGCCGAGGUUCCUCCUGCAACGGGCGGCCUCCAGACCAACAACAGCUCAAACAAUACUUCCAGUGCCCUCCUCAACUUCUCGACCAUCGCCCAAUUCCUUAUACCUCGUCAAUCACUCUGUGGGAACCUCAUCUCACUUUCCCCACCGCCGUUAACCCAACAUACACCCUCGACGCUAAUACUCUCUCAUCCCAUAUGCCUCACAUCCUCCCACUACCCGCGCAAUGAAUUCAUCUUCAACUUCGCGCUCGUGCUGGGCGACCCCUCCACCAUCGAUGUCCCCUCGUAUAAAUCGGUAGUCAAGAAGCUGGCGCAUCUGAUGCGCAGUCUAGAAGAGCAAUCCCAUUUCCUCUCUGACGAUGACUCCCCUUGCAAUACGGGCAAGAUAUACAGUCUGUGCGAAAUGCUCAUGGAAGAUCUGAACAACUACUGCGAGUGCAUGAUCCCGAUCGACGAGCUCAAUACACUCAACAUCAAGUUAUUUCCAACGUUACCCAAUCCGGCCAGCGUGAAGCCAUGGCAUGUUCCGCUAUUCACUGUGCGGAUCGACACCAUGAUCGACGAGAACUGGGACUUGACCAUGUUGCGCAUCAUCCCGUUCAUUAACGGGAUCAACAGCGUCAAGCGUAUCGCCACCCUGGCCGACGCCGACAUAAAGCUCACCAAGAAAUGCAUCAAACACUUCCUGUACUACGGCUGUGUCCUGCUUCUGGACAUCUUCAGCUUCAACAACAUUUAUGCGGUGACAGCCGAGUUCGCGCACAUGAUCGCCAAAGAUACGGAGAUGCAGAAGGAAUGUGCUAGGUACGUGAACAUGGCGUUUGCGCCGGGUGGACAGGAAGAAGCAAUCGUGGACGGGAGCGCGUCGGAGCGGAGGACGAGUGGGCUGACGAGCACGACCAUUGGGCUUCAGGACGACGAGAUCUGGCCGUUGACUGGGAAAGGAGACGCUAUCGAUGGUGUGGGCAUCGUGCAACUAUUCGCAUGUCUGCGGCAGGGCUUUACUGUGCGAGAGUGGUACGCUCGCAAUGCCAACAUGCUGGCCAACAUCGACAUGCGCCGCUUCAUCACUUUCGGAGUCAUCAAAGGCUUUCUCUACAGAGUGCAUCGCUACGCUAUCAGAACUCAGAAGGGUACGAUUGGGGCCGCAGACGGCUACAGAGGAGGUGCGCUGGAUGAACAUACUCACGACCACGAGAAUACCCAGUUCCUCACUCGCAGUAUGUCCAGUGAACGACACUUCUCGGAAGCGCCCUUACUCGGUCGACGGAAGAACCAUCACAACCACCAUCAAUCGAAUGGGAAAGGAGGGGAAGUUCCAGAUUUCCAAUUCAUGAACGCGCGCCUGAUCGAAUUCCUGGAUGGCACGCACUGCUUCGAUGAGAUUUGUACGGAGCUGGAGAUCAGCGAGAAGGAAUUGCUGGAGCAGUUGAAGAGUCGCGAGAUUGGUGAGGCGGUCGUUAUUUGUCGGUGA